UUGCUCCCCUCGUGCUGCUUCCACGCCUCUCGCUGUACGCGUUGUUCUGUUUAUGGUUCAUCGCAUGGACUCACGACGCGCUCCUUCCAACGAUACUCUUUUCUAUCGAGUAUCAACGAUGUAGGCAUCACAAUAAAGGAUCCACGGACGUCGGGAAUU